UUUUUUAAUUCAAGCUGGUCGCGACGGAAGGUGCGUUAUCACUGCGUAUAUUUGUGUCCGUUCUGGGACACGGCAGAAACAAGUAUUGGUCUUCCCAGACCGGAUCGGAACCCUGGCCGUGUUUCAGAGUCGAAGGGCAUGUUUACCACUUUUAUCGGCUUAAUUGAUAUUCAAUCAUGGUGGGAGGUGCCCUGCAUUGCGCACUUUUGUUCGCUGUUUAGUACCACCUUCCAGCUGCCUAAGUUUGACAUAGAGGAUCUUGAAGAGGCCCUUCUCACAGAUGCGGACGCUGAGGGUGAAGUAGAUCUGAAAAAGUAUUCCGCGUGCCUACUGCCGGAACUGAUCGUUGCACUGUUGAAGGGCUGUGACGCGCUUGCACAGAUAGCUUCACGCAUCAGGCCAAGUAACUAUCAGAUGUUCCUGAGACGUCUGUUUCGUAAAAAAUGUCAGGAAUAUAAUGUGGAUAACCCCUUCAAUAGUGAUACGGACUUUGAAAAGUUACCGCUACGCACCAAGAUCCUCAUCUUGAAGUAUUUGUGCGAUUUCCGCCUCGAUUCCGAAGACGUCUGCACCAUCUGUGCAAACUACGAAGCGGACAGGCUACGUCUGGAGCCGUUAGGUUACGAUCGUAACGGAUCUUCCUAUUGGCACUUUUUCGGCACACGCUUAUACCGAGAAGAUCACGUGCGUGGUACCGGUAGUAAAUCAAAGUCCGCUGCCGCCAAAUCGUCCGUCUGGCAGGUAAUUUGCUUUACCGAGGAAGAUUGGCGAAAUCUAGCGAACAAGCUCGACAAUUCCAGCAACGCCAAGGAACGCGAACUGCACGAUCUGUUGGUGGAAAACUUUCUACCGUACAUUCCGAAGCUAUUUCACGACAAGGAAAGAGAACGCCGAAACAGACUUUUUGAGCGACCCAGAUCGACGCGUAUAAAAAUAUUGCAAGAAGAAAAAAAUCUUCGCCUGGAGCAGAAUCAGCAGCAGCAGCUAAAAACAAAACGAGUAGAGCAAAGGGAAAAGGCCAUCCGGGAGAGGAGGAAGCAAGCAUACCUUUCGGAAGUGUUGGCAGCUGAAAAAGUUCAACUGCUGUCUGAAGCACGUGCGAAACGAGCCGAAGGACGAUCUCGAUCGAAUUCCGUCACAAGUAUAGUUUCGCCAUACGCUAGCUCCCCAGACGAGCCAUCCCUUCUCACGCGUGAUUUUAUUUUUCAGCCAAAAGAAAACGCAUUCCGUAGCAAAGCAAAUAGUCCAUACCUUUAUCGCACCACUACGACUAAUUUGAGAGGUUCCACUUCUCCGUCAGUAGUAGGCUCACUGUUGGACCAUUACCGUGGUGACGAUCGAACACCAUCUUCCUCAACACCGUCGUCGCGAUCAAGUUCCGUUGUGUCACGUGCUGCAAGUGAUUUUGGUUGCAAUAACAGCACGAUCGGAUCGGAAGAUAGUGAAAGUCAGUGCGAUAUCAUACAACCGGCGAUCUACAACGAUUCUUACUAUAUCGUUAGCCGGCGUGAGGAUAGCGAAAGUGUGCACAGCUUCAGUGAUAUCGAGGCGGAGAACAAUAUCAACAGUGGCAAUACAGACACAACAAACGGCAAGCAGCCGGUGGUGGAACCGUCGCCACCAUCCUCGAUUAAGCCUGUAUUGGGUCAGCAGCAACAGCAAACGAAAGCAGGACGGAAAGAUCGUGCCCCAAGGCUAGUAAGUGCUGAAGUGGAAAAAUUGCUACGCUCCAAUCACAACAUGGCGCCAACCGCGACAAAGCUACCGGGUCGUCAAACGAACAAUUCUUUGUCGUCCGUUACCGGGCCCGUUAUAUUGCCGUUUAGCGAGGCACCGACAAAGGGGGGAGGUUCGGCAGCAAGUGGCACCACCACCGGCAAGGGAAAUGAUGCUGCGCCGGGCACAAACCAGGGCCGUAAAAAAAAGGGCAAAGCUACGAAUGUUAUAACAAGUGCCGCAACCUACACCAACACUACUACCGGUUUCGGUAGCAAAACAAACUGUUCCGCUCCCUCAAUUUUCGUCUCAUCGUCUCUUAGCUUUACCGAAACCGAUGAGGUGCUGCAGAUCGGCAUGCACAAGGUGCUGGAAAGCAUCAAGAACCACGACGAUGCCUGGCCGUUUAUGGAUCCGGUCGAUGAGGACAUUGCGCCAAAGUAUUAUUCGAUUAUACGAAGGCCCAUGGAUUUGCAAAAGAUGGAAGAAAAGCUGGACAACGGAGAGUACAUGAUGUUCAGUGACUUUCAAAACGAUUUCAAGCUGAUCGUCAACAACUGCCGACUCUACAAUGGGCAAGCAAAUGAAUACACGGAAAUGGUAAACAACUUGCAGAUUGCUUUCGAGCGUGCCAGAAAGAAAUAUUUCGACGAAAACUCAUCGGACGAGGAACUGAUGAGCCACGAGUACCCGGACGUUAGCCGUGCAAAUGCUGCGUUUAAAGAAAAGUUUUCCUCAAAGGAAAGCACCAAACCCGUCAGCUCCUCAUCGGACGCAGUAAAUGGUAAAAACCAUGGCAAAGCAACGACGUCGAAGGAAGCAGGCAAAGCUGCAGGAGGAGAUCACGGGAAAGAAAAGUCAAAAAAAGCUGCCAACAGUUCCAGCGGUGGUGGCAGCGGCAAUAAUAAUAAUAGUUUAAGUGCAAAGUCGUCUAACACCAGCACCAAUGCUUCAAACUCCAAAGAUAGUAGUGCGGAUUCUUCCCACCGGGGAACAGCAAAUGAUAAACCAGCGGGCAAAGAAUCGAAAACAAAAUCAGUGAAAAAUGGUACGGCUGUAGACAGCAAGAAGGGCGGAAAAAAUGUGUCUGGUGAUAAGAAACAUCCGACGGCAACGGGUGGGUCCGGUGGGUCGCGAAAACAUAAAGCAAACAAACAACAACCGGAGGAAGUGGAUUCGGAACCGGAACCCGAUCCGGAACCGCCGGAAAAGGACAAAGGUGCAUCACGUGUGAACAAAACAGUUAAGCGCAAACGUAAGGAACGGGAGAAAACUGAUAAAGUGAAAAGCAAAAGGCAAAAAACCGAAGCAUGUGAUUACAACAGUGAUGUGCCGGAAGACGGGGACAAUGUGAUGGAUGUUAAGAGUGAAAACGAGCUAGACGAGUGUAGUGAUGAGCCGGAACGGAAACGUUACAAAAAGGAGGAACCGAUCGGGAUGGGAACCGGUGUUGUGGAGGAGGUGAAAAACGAACCCGAAGAAGAAGAGGAUUUUCCAGUGUAUGAGAGUAAGAAAAAGGCGGCAGUUAAAGCAUUGCAGGAAAAAGAAAAAAAGAAAAACAGUGCAAAAGUGAAGAAGGAAGAAAAGAAAACGAACAAAACACCAAAAGCAGGUGGAACCAAAGGAAAGGACGUGAAGCGAGAAUCGUUUUCUCCAACACGAGGCCGUUCUAUAUCUCGAUCGCCCAGUCCACCGUUGGAGGAAGACUCAACGCCUACAAAGCAGUCACCCCAGUCGUCACGGUCAUCCUUAAGUCCAAAGAAAAAGGACAACGCACGCGAUCUUUCCUCCUCCGAUGCUGGUGCGGAUCAUCGUCAUGCGACGCUUGGUAAAGCUGGGUCAAGCAAGGAGAAGGAGAAAAAUGGCACCGAUGAGGAGGAGGUGGAGCAUCAUGAUCAAAAACAGCACAAGAAAGGAAAAGCCGGUAAGGCGACGGGAUCCGGCAUUGCGGUGGCAAAGUUGGAGAAAAAGACAAAAAAAUCAGCCAUCCUUACCGGUACGGCGAAGGGUAAAGGGCGACAAAAGAAAGUUGGAAGUGGUAAACAAAAAGCGGCCACGCCACACCUGGUGGAGGAAGAAUCUGAGUUUGAAGAUGUUCCGGAUGUUGCGAGCGUUCCGGAUCACCACACGAACGGCGAGCAAAACGAUCCAUCCGAGCUGAGCGACUUUGAGGACAUUGAGGAUAGUUUUGAAAAAGAAUCGGCAGCGAAAAAAUCCUCCGACAAAUCGAGGAACAAGAAAAGCAAAGCGAGCAAGAAAAAUGUCACCAAAACAACCGCCAGUGCCAAUGAGCGUCAUCGGGUAAAGAAGAGUGGUAGCAGAAGCGGUAAGGCAAAGGGGGGAAAGGAUAAAAAGUUAGACAAAAAAUCUCACAAACGUGACAAAGGUGGAAAGGGGAAGAAAAAGUCGAAAUCUUCCAGCAGCGGCAACAACGAUCGUGCUAAGGCCGGAGAGGAAACGCAGCGGGAAGCGGUGUCUAGCGUCAGUGAGGAUGAAGACGGUGGUGGGAUGGAGGUGGAUCGGGAGAGGGAAGAUGUGGAAAAAAGUGCCUCAAAAGCCGUAAAGCAAUCGAAAGAUUCACGUUACGCAGCACAGCGAUCAAUGUCACGUUCGCCUAGCCCGGCCAGAUCGUACUAUUCCGACGAUCGUUCGAUGCGGGACAGUGACGAGGUGGAGGACGAGGAGGCAGAAGGUGCGGGACAGAAUGCUUCAUCACACAAACGAACCGAUGAUGCCUUUACAGACACCAACCGGUCGAUCACACCCGAUAUUAAGGAUAAGUUUGAUCUCAUCAAGGAACGCCGGAACAGGGCGGCGGCAGCAGCAGCAGCAGCGGCCGCUAAUAAAGCAAUGGCAAAAAAGACCAAAGCUAAGGGAAAAGAUGUGGGGGCCGCUGCUACUACUACUACUACUGCGGGAGGCAAUUCUGGUGGAAAGAAAGGUAAAUCGUCCAAGGGAAGUAGUAACCGGGGUCAAAAGCAGCAAGAAAAUACCGGUCUCAGUGCCUCGUCAUCUAGCGGUGCUAGCAAACAGCAGCAACAGAGGAAAGACGACGAAAAACCCUCCAGUGAGAGUAAAUCCACCAAAGGGAAGAAACAUCGGGACAAGGCAAUGAGUAAUAGCGAAACGGGAGGAGGAGGAGUUUGGGCUAAACCUGGUGAUAAAAAACAUACACGGCCAGCGAAUUCAUCUGCCGAUGGUACGAAAAUGGUUGAUCGCAGCAACGAGUAUGACUUUGUGGACGAAAGCUUAUCGUCGGACGCAAGGGCGGAUAAGAACCAUUCGUCAAAAUCUUCUGGCGCAGGCGGUGUAAAUACAUCCAAGGCGGCGGGAAAGAAAUCAUCAGCGAAUGCUGCAGGACCACUCGGAUCAUCGGCAACAUCAUCAGCAUCUCAAAAGCAUCCGAAAUCGAACGCAAAAUCGAUGCCGCCGUCGUCCAGCAAGCAACACCCGAAACAGCCAGCUGCAGGAGCCAACAUGGAGGAGCUCGAGCUGGAAACUGAACAAACGUUGAAAGACAUCAACAAGUGGUUGGAAAAUACGCCACGCUUUCCCGAGUACAGUUCGGCUAGUAAUUCCCCUUCACGGUACAUUAUGGACGAUUUCGACACGGUACCGGUAAAGAUCGAACCGGCCGAUUUUCGUAAACCGAUCCCGCUCACUCAGUUGCCCGCCGCAGCCAAUGAUGCUGCACCGGCGGGUCCGGUCCGUGGAGCUAGUCCAGGGCUGGCAACAGUGGCAGCACCCCCAAAAGCAUUCUCACCCAGAGCAGCGGCAAAGGAUCCAGGAAAACAGUCAGGUACAAAGUUGCCCUCAAAAGAUGGCGCUGCUGUUAAAAACGAACCAGGAGCACCUGAUGCAACGACCGUUGCUGGUGCAUUGAAAGACUCGACGAACAGCACCAACAGCGGAACGGGUAGUUCUUCAUCUGUUACUACAGCCACGGGCAAAACUCACACAAUCCUAGGUCCACCACCUAUAAUACCACCACACUCACAGAAAAAAGAACCCAAAGAACCGAAGCGUAAGUCGUUGAAAGAGAAGCUCUCCCAGCUCGGGGCAGGUGGGCGCAAGCGCGAACUACAGGUCCAUCACCGAACAACGAUCGAUCGAUUACAGCCGGGCAAAACCAAGGGCAACCUCAUCGGUACGAUUCAGAAUCUCAACAAACCGGAUGAAUUGUUCCCGCUCGGUGGUGGCGGUAGUGCUGGUGGUGGUGGAGCAGGUGGCAGUGGUGGUGUUGCUGGUGGUAACGCUCUCCUCAACAAGGUGAAGGAGGUGAAAAAUUCGUUAAUUGUGAAAACGGACGAAUCAAAGCCGAAACUUAGCCUCGGUACGGUGCUAAACACGGAAGGGUUUGGAAUUGUGCAGCAGCACAACUUUGCUGAUGACGAGGACAAUCCGGAGACUAAGAAAGAUGAUGCUGGUGAUGAGGACGAUCCGAUGCUGAUUUCAAUCGGUAGCGGUUUAGUGAAGCCUUUAAUAAGUUCAUUAAAAGCUGCCUCGCUAGUGAAUGUUGGAGGAGAAAGUUCGCCAAUUGGCGGUCGGGAUGGAGUGACAUCGGUUUCAAAGAAGGAUGAAGGUUCCAAUGCAUCCUUAACAAGCGAAAAAUCCGAACCAAGUGGAGAUCUUGCUUCCGGCGAAACGAAAAGCUCUUCUUCUUUUUCAGCGGUAGAAAAAUCGCACUCAGUAGAGGAUGGAAAGACGGGAAAAGAGGAAGCAAAUAGUAGGGAUUCGCUCGCCAGUGGUAGCAGCACUUCCACGAAGCCCAAGGAUAAUAAACCAUCUGGAACGCUUAACGUUAACGCUUGGAUAAAGGCAUUCGGUGCGCCUAAAAAACCGAAAAAAUCCGACGACUCGGACGAACAUCCGGGCAAAGGUUCACCGGCGGCUAAUGAUAAGAGUAAGCUGAACGAGAAUAAUACCUCCACCCAAGCGUCCUCGAACGAAUCUUCAUCUGGAAUCGGAAUUCUUCCGACCAUUCCUGGAAGUCUCGAAUGUCCUAGCUUCCCACCACUGCCGACAGCACCGCGGCAGAGAAAGGCCAGCACUGGUAGCACGGUAAGCGAAAGAUCAUCUUACAGUCAAGAUCCGGAUAGUCCCCGAAUUGGAAUCGAUGAGCGGCUAGGACCAUAUCCUGCACCGUAUCCAAGUCCGAUCGGUGCAUCACCGAUCAUGACGUCUCCAAAGUUGGACGAAACACAGAAGAGUCCUUACCAUCCGAUGAAUGGUGCGAUUAAGGUCGGUUUCUAUCAGGAUACCACACAAAAGAGUAGUCCUGAGAAGAGUUGCAGUCCACGAGAUCUUCCAUCGCCGUAUCCACAAUACUCGCAACAUCUCUACACCUCCAAUGCGGCGAACGCUUCUUCGGGCAAUAAUGGUGGCGGUAGUACUAACAGUAGUAACAUCGGAGGUAACGCCGCCGUGUACGGCAAUUACUCAUCCUACGGUCCAUCUGCCACAUCUGCCAUCGGGUCCACGAAUACGAGCAACAACCCUACUUCCGCAAGUGCUGUGGCCGACAGUUUCAAGGGUUACGGAAAGGAGCUUAAAUCACCUGUCGAUUUCUACGAUCAGUACAAACAACCGGCGUCACAGGAAUCGGACUACAACUCGUCGAUGAGUCCCAGUACAAAUCCCAACUCUCCCUAUCACAAUCCAGCCUCAUCGCCCUACCAACAACAACCCAACUCCCCAUCCUGCUAUCAGCAGCAGCAGCAAACACCCGCAUCUUCCUCCCCAUACGGGCACCCUUCACCCGCAUCUUCCGGUGGACCAAUCUCACCGUACAAUGCACCGGUCGCAAUUCCACACAGUCCGGCAGCACAAACCGGUCAAACGACAACGGGUACAAAUGUUAGCGGUCACUCACCUUACAAUCCUGCCCAGGGCCAAUCGCCUUAUCAUAACAGCAAUCAGACCCCACAAUCGGCAUCAACGUCACCAUCCGGUGGCACUACGAGCACGGUUGUGGGUGCUACUACCGGUCAACCGAAACUCCAGUCCAAACCAAAUACACCGUUGCACCAAAGUCCAAACUCACCGUUUUCACAAUCAAACCAAAGUUCGCCCUACUCACAGCAAGACCCGAACUCACCGUACUCCUCACAAGGUGGUCAGCUGUCACCGUUCCAACCGAUGUCACCGAAACCUCCCAGUACGGGUGUUUCCGGCACCGGCGGGAGCAGCAGCAAUAAUAACAAUGGUAAUGCUCUUAAGCUGGCUCCUCCAAUUAUUACACCGCAACAGGCGGCUGCUGCCGCUGGUGUAAUUCUUCCGCCUGAAUCCCCAGUUCAUACGCACAACACAGUACAAUCCUCCACAACGGCACCAGUUGGGUUGGUGAACCAGGCUCAAAACUUGACCGGAACCGGUGGUAACGGUCAGUCCGCAAACACGCCACAAGGAACAACGAUCGCACCACCAUCAGCACCGAUGCAGCUGAACUCGCAUCAAUCGCCCUGGAGCGCUCACCACAACCAGUACAAUCCGUACCUGAACCAUCCGGGUGAUACGGUUGGCGGAAGUAUGGCCUCGUCGUUGCCACCAGCGCCGGCACAUAUGCCACCAUCGCAGCAGAGUCAUCACUUAAGCAAUGUGCACACGCAUCCAUCGCCUGCGCACUCUCAACAACAACAACAGCAUCAACAACAACAACAACAACAACACCAACAACAGCAACAACAACACCAACAACAGCAGCAGCACCAACAACAACAACUACAACAUCAACAUCAGCAACACCAACAACAACCGUCGAAUCAUCAACAACAGCAAACGUCGCACGGACAUCACUUGGCGACGGCUCAACAGCAACAGCAAAGCCAUCUCGGUAAUUUGUUGAUGGGGUCCAACAACAAUCCAUACACUUCCACUUAUGGGCGUCCGUACGAUCUUAAUUCUGCGUCUGCUUCCUCAACCUCAGCAGCAGCCGCAGCAGCAGGAUCAUCGGGAACAACAACCACGACGUCCAACAUUGAUCACCAUCAAACGCAACAGCAUCAUUCACAGCAGCACCUUCACCAUCAGCAACAUUCGGCUCCACAACAUCAUCAGCCACAACAACAGCAGCAUCAGCAUCCUAGCUUAAGCGGUAUCAACAGCAGCAGUAACAAGAGCAGCCCCAGCACCAAUAACAACACUUCAAAAGUACCUGAAAUGAUUAAUCUAGGCUAUAGCGAACCCGAAACCAACACCACCAACAAACCUUCGCAGGAUCUACCAAUGAAUAUGGAAGCUUCCGGUGGGUUGAGCAAGGAAAAGGGGGACGGCACGAAAGAUAACAAACAUCUGCAACAGCAGCAACAUCAACCGUUCGACCAUCAUAUGGGUGGUAUGGGUUACGGCAAUCCGAUGGACAUAUCGAUGAACAAAUCGAAAGCGUUCGACAUGUUUAACCGUGCUGCGUCGAUAGGUUUUCCGCGCGGGUUCGGUACCUCGACCAACAACGCCGGUGGGUAUGAUCAUCGCUCCAUGCAGCAAUCGGCCAACAUGAACAAGGCGCACGAUAUGAGUGGUGGUGCUGGAACAACGUCCUCCAGUGGAUCAUCCACGACGGGUUAUAAUAUGCAGCAAACCUCGGUUGGAGCCAAAAAUGCCACUGAUCAGUCCCAUCUUCCUCGGUACGAUCAGCGAAGUCCGCAACAUUUGCAACAACAACAGCAUCAACAACAGCAUGGGUCCGUUUCGGGACCAACAUCCGCAAGCAACACGACGGAUCUUAGCAGCACUGGCGGUGGAGGUUACAAACCGUACGGGACAUCCACAACUCCGGCCGCCACCGCAUCAUCAUCGCUGAUGGAUCCGACGAUACGCAAUCUCUCCUCCUUGUCGUCACUCUACAACCAGGACGAUCGUCUUCUCUGCGGUCCUGCUGGUACAAGCGGACCCUCUGCCGGCGUCUCCUCCGGUACAGGAUUCUACGACAAAGGGAUGCCACCGGCUGCUCACAUGUUUAGCAAGAACCUUUCCCAGCCUCCAGCAUCCUCAGCUGCCACCACAUCGUCAGCUGCUGCAUUACAACAAAUGUUCAACAACACAAUGGCUGCCACUACAAUGGCGGCGUACAAUGCAAACCGUGGCGAACAGUCGAACCCUGCUGCUGCUGCUGCUGCAUCCUCUUACGUGCCAUCACCCAACUAUCAUCAUCCACAGCAACAACAUCAGCAACAACAGCGCAACGAUAUGCUGAGCGCUAGCAAUCUCCAGUCGCAAAAGCUGUCCCACAAUGCCAACGUACCUUCGAGUGGUACAGCCAUAGUGAACGAACCGGCACCACCACCGGCAAAACCAAAACGAACGAGAAAAAAGAAAGAUCCAAACCAGGAUCUAAUAGCACAACAGCAGCAGCAACAGCAACAACAACAACAGCAGCAGCAACAACAAUCGCUCCAUCAACAUGCGAUGCAUGCGGCGGCCACUCACCAACAACAACAAGCGCUCAGUGCUCACCAAGGAUUCCCCUCGUACCCGGGGCUAAAACCACCGAGCUCAUCCACCUCCGGACCGGGUGUUCCCACCGGAAUGGGCUCCUCCUCUACCGCACCGGGAAAUCCGGCAAGCAGUGGAGCAGAAACGUCCGCCAUUUCACUCAAAACAGCCAACAUCGUGCCGGGCAGUGCGUUCAACUUUGGCCCCGGUCCAACCGGGCUUGGUUUGCCACCGGGCAGCCUUUACGGGGACACAUCCGCUAGCACAUACCUGGAAGAUUCGUACCGCAAUCCACAGAACCCGUACUAUCUACCGCCGAGUCAUCGUGGACCAGCGGCAGCUGCAGCAGCCGCAGCAGCCGCCGCCGCAGCUGCAGCAGCGUCGGGUUCGGGCACCGGUACGGAAGCGGACAAGCUGGGUAACUCAAUUUCCGGCGGUCAGUCAACGGGUUCGGCAGUGGCAGCGGCUGCGGUUGCAGCUGCGUCGGCCGUACACGGUCCACCGCCGCCUACCGCAGCCUCACCGUACCAUCAGUUUUUGGCGUCGCAUCACGGUACGCGUCCGUACCAGUUCAUGAACCAGUUCGAUCCAAUCCAUCAACAGUACCUGCGACAGGAAGAGCUGCGGGCUCAGAUGAUGAUCAACCAGGGGUUGCUUGGGGCACCGCCCGGUGCUGCACCACCCGGUGCGUACGGACAGCCCGGCUACCAUCAUCCGGCGAUCGGGAUGCACAAGCCGUACGACGCCAUGAACAGUAUGAACCGGUCGCCAUUCCUAUAACAUCCGCAACCACCGAUCGGUGUGAGCUUAUCGGAAGGACAGCAAUA